CUCAUCUUUCUUUGUUGAAUGGUUGUAUUAUGAGUUCAAGAUACCCUAAUUCAUAAUUCUUUAUAUAUAGUGGCUUAAAUUAUAUUUAUAAUGGUAAAAGUUUUAACCAUGAAUCUUUUCUUAUUCAACAGUGACAAUUGCAGCAUGUCGAUUGUUAAUUUCCACAAAAGCUGCCCCAAUCCUGAUUUUUCUUAUGAUCUCUGCCUGACUUGCUGUGGAGAAAUAAGAAAAGGUUUUCAACAGGGACGUAUUGAAGAAGAGCUUUCUGAAUAGCAGUUAGCUAAAAAAGCAAAUGGUCAGGUUACAGAUUUUGACAGCCAAAUUUCUGCAGACAAGAUCACUAAGACGUCAUGCAACUUUCCUGAUUGGAGAGAAGAGGCUGACGGUAGAAUUCCUUGUCCUCCCAAAGUACAUGGAGGUUGUCGUACUUAGAUACUUGCACUAAGACACAUCUUUGAUGCUAAUUGGAUUGGAAAACUGAUUAUGACUGCAUAGGACCUGACUAUCAAUUAUAAGCCGCUGGAUAUUUUUUCUCAAGGAUGUGUUUUGUGCAAUCAUGUUCUGCUGAAAAUGGAGUAAAAACUUUUGGAGUUAGGCAGGCAGCUCAUAGGGACAGCAGUCAGGACAAUUAUCUCUACUGCCCAAAUGCUACUCAAUUGGGAAACAAUGAAAUCGAGCAUUCUCAAAUGCAUUGGAUGAGAGGUGAACCUGUGAUAGUUACAAAUGUGCUUGAAAAGACUUCUGGUCUUAGUUGGGACCCAAUGGUCAUGUGGAGGGCUUUUCAAGGGACAGAAAAGAUUUUAAAUGAGGAGGCUCAUAAGGUUAAAGCCGUUUAUUGUUUUGAUUGGUUUGAGAGGGUAUUGAUGUUGCAGCUUCUCAUCCAUUGAUUACAAGCGGAGUUGCCAUUUGUUUAGGAUCUACAGUAUUGAAAAGUAUGUCCUAGAUACCUAUAUUUACCUGUUUUCUGUCUAUCGUAUAGUUGUGUGUAUUUAGUAUGGUAAAAUUUUGCUAUUUAGUCUUUUGAUUUGUCUAUUAUUAAAUAUAAUUAGAUAGCCAUGUAUAAGUAGUACUAACAGUAAAAUAUGGAAGGAUAUUUUUUUC